UCAAACAGUAGGUUGAUUAUUCACGGCCGAAACGGCUUUACACCGGUCCACUCUCAGCCGAACAAACAAGCCCUAGGUUGCAAUUGGAAGUUUAAUAGCCGCGUUUCUACUUCCCGGCGGUCGGCACGGACCGUUGUACCGCCAUCACCCCCCUCUCCUCUUUCUUGAUGGCCGACCCAUCACGGCCUCUUCCGCCGCCUUCCGACGACCCCUUCCUCGUCCUCGCCAGAGGCAAAGAAGGAGGUUUUGUUUCCUUGGAAGAGAUCGACGAGUCGCAGUAUGCGUUCAUUGGGGGAGCCUUUGAGCCAUUGGGCGGAGAGGAGAACAAGAAGAACAAGAAGAGGGAUAAGAAGAACGCCUCUUCUUCUUUCGAGCCGAAGAAGAGGAAGCGAGGAGGCGAAAGCGAGUCCUCUGCUGUCGAAGACGAUGACGGAGGGGAGAAGGAGACGGAGAAGAAGCGACCGAUGAAGAAGAAGAAGAAGAAGAAUAGCAGAAAUAAGAAGAAGAGUAAUCAGGUGGAGGCCAGUGAGAAUGGAGAGAACAAAGAUGGGCUUGUGGAGGAGGGUAAAGUAGAAGAGGUGCGUAAUGAUAUGAAAGGUGAUGUUCGUGAGGAGCUGCUUCUCAGAGAGGAUGAAGUUUAUGCAUGGAAAGAGUUGAGGCUCCAUCCUCUUCUGAUUAAAUCGAUUCGUAGGCUUGGAUUCAGCGAACCGACACCCAUCCAGAAGGCCUGCAUUCCUGCUGCUGCUCAUCAAGGGAAGGAUGUCAUUGGUGCGGCUGAGACAGGUUCUGGUAAAACGCUUGCCUUUGGGCUUCCUAUUCUACAACGCUUUCUCGAUGAACGAGAAAAAGUUGCAAGAUCAGUCCAAGAAGAUGCAAAAUCGGCUGAGGAAAGAUUUAAGGGGGGCCCACUUCGAGCUCUUAUUGUGACUCCUACGAGAGAGCUUGCAUUGCAGGUUUGUGAUCAUCUUAUCGAAGCAGCCAAGUUUCUUGACGUUCAAGUUGUUCCAAUUGUUGGUGGUAUGUCUAUGGAAAAGCAAGAAAGGCUUUUGAAAAGAAGGCCUGAGAUUAUUGUUGGAACUCCAGGGAGACUGUGGGAGCUGAUGUCAGCAGGAGAUCAACACCUUACUGAGCUGCACUCAUUGUCUUUCUUAGUGCUGGAUGAGGCUGAUAGAAUGAUAGAAUAUGGUCAUUUUCAUGAAUUACAAUCUAUCAUCGACAUGCUCCCAGUGAUUAACAGCUCUGGCAAACAAUCCGUACAAAGUACUCCAAAUUGUGAAACCAUGCCAAUUUUGCAACGGAAGAAAAGGCAAACAUUUGUGUUCUCUGCUACGAUUGCGUUAUCUGAUAAUUUCCGUAAAAAGCUUAAACGUGGCUUAUCUACUUCAAAGUUGUCCAUGCCAGGCAGUUUGAGUUCCAUAGAAACGCUUUCGGAGCGAGCUGGAAUGAGACCUGAUGCUGCAAUUGUUGAUUUGACGAAUGCUGCGAUUGUGGCUAAUAAACUUGAACAAUCCUUCAUUGAGUGUGGCGAAGAGGAUAAAGAUGCAUAUUUGUAUUAUAUGUUAAGUGUUCAUGGCCAAGGUCGUACAAUGGUCUUCUGCACAUCGAUCGCAGCUUUACGUCACAUUUCUUCCUUGCUGCGCAUUCUUGACAUUACUUCUUGGACUCUUCAUGCCCAAAUGCAGCAAAGAGCGCGCUUAAAGGCUAUUGAUCGUUUCCGUGGAAAUGAGAAUGGAGUCUUAGUGGCUACUGAUGUUGCUGCGAGGGGCCUCGACAUUCCUCAUGUCCGAACUGUUGUUCAUUAUCAAUUGCCGCACUCAGCAGAAGUUUAUAUCCAUAGAAGUGGAAGGACAGCACGUGCUUCUGCUGAUGGCUGCUGCAUUGCACUAAUCUCUCCCAGUGACAAAACCAAAUUCUAUUCUCUAUGCAAGUCAUUAUCAAAGGAAACACUUCGUCAAUUUCCUAUAGAUGAUGCUUACAUGCCUGAAGUAAUGAAGCGACUAUCUCUUGCUCGCCGAAUUGACAAGAUCAUAAGGAAAAACUCGCAGGAAAGUGCCAAGAAGAACUGGUUAGAGAGGAAUGCUGAAUCUGUGGAAGUGGCAUUGGAGGUCAGUGACAAUGAGGAAGAAAGAGUAAAGAGUUACAACCAGAAGAAAAUCACUUCCGGUCUUCUCAAGAAGCUCCAACAGGAGCUGAAUGACUGCUUAGCACGACCCUUGCAACCAAAAUCAUUCUCUCACCGCUUUUUAGCUGGGGCUGGUGUGUCCCCGUUACUUCAACAACAACUAGAAGUGCUCUCCAAAAGGAGAUCGAGUGAAAAGCCUAGUUUGAACAAGAAUAGAAGGUCUGGGUUGUUUGUUAUUGGCCAGGAUUGUGUUGAACCGCUGCAGGCCCUUCGAAGUGCUGGGCAUGAGGUUUGUGUGAAUGUCGAGAAAAAGAGAGAAAUGCAAAUAUUGGCGGAACAAUGGAAACGGAAAAGACGGGAAGAAAAGAAGUGCGCUCGCGAGCAAAAGAGAAAGGAGAGGAGAAAAUUGAAAGAGGGAAGGAAAUAAAGGAACUGUCUGUCUAGCAUAUACGAGUUUUGUACUUUAAUUCAGUCAAGUAGGGUUAUGAAUUACUUUUUAUUGUGUUAUUUCUUUGCGUUCCUUUGGGAAUCGGCUGAGGUAAUUUGCGACUGCCCUCAAAUCUGAGGGUGCCAUGAUCUUCGAAGAUUUUGACCUCAUCUGGGUAAUUAUUGCGCGUUUAAUCAAACGCUUUUCUUUUCUUAGUGUCGUAAUUUUUUUGUUCUU